GAGUUAGUUCGAAAGAUGAGUUACCAUCUUUUGAUAGUAUGAAGGAAUUUUUGGAAACCCGAUUUCGUUCCCUAGAAUAUCUAGAUCCUAAACAAAAUGUUACUCGUUCACACAAUCCUAAAUCGUUUCAUGUAGCUUCUGUGUCUUGUAUUCUAUGUUCUGGUGAUCAUAAACUGUGUCACUGUAAGGAAUUCGCCGCAAAGAACAUUGACUCUCGUCGUGAAUUUGCCCGAACCAGUAAAAUAUGUUUUAAUUGUCUUAAUAGAAAUCACAAUGUUUAUUCAUGCCGUCAAUCUACCCGUUGCCAUAAGUGUAAGAAAAGACACCACACACUUCUGCACCCUGAAACUGUCAACGCUGUUGUGACUGAUAGUCCAGCAGAUGUAAAUGUAGCAGCUGCUACUACAGCUUCUACAUCUUAUCAAGGUGAGUCAACCACCCCUGUUUGUUGUUAUGCAAAUACUCAUAGUCAAGGUUUAUUAGCCACAGCUUUGGUCAAUGUCGAGUCGAGAUCUGGAGCUGCCUUUGUUUUAAGAGCCUUGAUGGAUCAAGGCUCUCAGGUUUCCUUUAUCACGGAAUCUGCAGUCCAGCUUCUUGGCUUGAAAAAGUUACCUGCUCAUACCGACAUACUCCGCCUAGGCGAUGACGAAGGCAUUUCAAUGCCUUCCAAGUGGAUAGUUAAGUUUAAAUUGCAGUCUCGCCUAGACCCCAAUUUUGUUUUAUAUGUCGACGCGUAUGUUUUAACAAGGCUAACCUCACACCUUCCUGAGCGAAGGAUCGUUCAGGCUUUGCCGUUGGUUUCGACUUUGGAGUUGGCGGAUCCCUCAUUCCAUACUCCAGGCAAUAUUGAUUUGCUGUUGAGCACUAGAGUGGUCGGCGCUGUUCUGGAGGAAGGACUGAUAAGAGGACCGCCGGGAGCACCAGUUGCUCAAAGGACUAAGCUCGGUUGGAUUUUGUCUGGCGAAGUCCAAACCGUAACUCAAAAGCCGGCUUGUUACGGCGUAGUUGUUAAUACACAGGUGAAUAUCAAUGAUCUUCUGAAGAAGUUUUGGGAGUUGGAAGAGUCGGAAGUUUCUUCAAAUUCGGGAGUUAUUUUAACUGAAGAAGAACAGAAAUGCGAGGAACUUUAUUCUAAAACUACCAAAAAAGACGACACGGGUCGUUACAUCGUUAGAUUGCCUUUUAAGACAGACAAUCCCCAAUGUAAGAUUGGCAAGUCAGAGGAUAUAGCUAGUAAACGUUUUUGUAAUCUGGAAAGAAAAUUAACUCGCAAUCCUGAAUUUGGAAAAGAAUAUAAGGCUGUGAUUCAAGAAUAUCUUGACCUAGAGCAUGCUGAGGUCGUACCUGAAUUAGAAGUUUCAAGAGAUUCUGUGUAUUUACCCCAUCACGCAGUAGUGCGUACUGAUAAAAGCACUUCUAAGGUUCGGGUUGUUUUCGAUGCGUCCUGUCCAGCUGGGAAUGGUGUUUCGCUGAACUCUGAAUUGAUGGUUGGCCCCACUUUGCAACCUGAUUUGCGUAAUAUUAUUAUGCGAUGGCGUUGUCAUCCAAUAACUUUAGUGGCCGACAUAAUUAAAAUGUAUCGGCAGAUAAAAAUAGCUGACGAGGAUGUAGAUUAUCAACGCAUUUUGUGGCGUGACAACACGCAGACUGAGUUACAACAUUUGCGUUUGUUGCGUGUAACUUUUGGUACAUCCUCGGCUCCAUACUUAGCUGUGCGUUCCUUGCAGCAAUUGGUUCAUGACGAAGGACAUGAUUUUCCUUUGGUAGCAAAACGUGUUUUGUCAGAUUUUUAUGUUGAUGAUUUUCUGUCGGGUUGUGAGACUAUUUCUGAAGGCGAACAGAUUUAUCGUCAGAUGUCCGAAUUGUUGAGUCGUGGAGGUUUUCAGCUUCAGAAGUGGUCCACCAAUAGCGAUGAAUUGUUACUCAAGAUAAGAGAUAGAACGUGUGAUGGUAAUGAGAACAUUAUCUUCGAAAAGGACAACGUUAUGAAGAUUUUAGGUCUAACAUGGGAUCGAAAUUUUGAUGAAUUUCAAUACACUGUCCAUCUACCUACCUUGAAGACUCCAGUAACCAAACGGCGAGUGGUAUCGGACAUAGCACGUAUAUUUGACCCACUCGGAUGGAUCUCCCCAGUUGUUAUAACGGCUAAAGUGUUUAUACAGCGACUUUGGCUUUCGGGUAUUGAAUGGGACGAGGAACUUCCCCAUCAGCUUUUAACGGAUUGGCUUGUAUAUCGAGACAAUUUACAUAAACUCACCCAAUUUCGUUUGCCCCGGUGGAUUCACACCAGUCGGAAGGAUAUUGAGCUCGAACUACAAGGUUUUUGUGAUGCUUCCAAUAGCGCAUUCUCGGCUGUGGUUUAUUUGCGAUCAGUUGAUUCCAACGGCAAUAUUCAUAUUAGUCUCAUAGCAUCUAAGACCAAGGUAGCCCCUGUCAAACAGGUGUCCAUACCUCGGUUGGAGUUGUGUGGCGCCGUAGUGCUUGCGAAACUUCUAAGUGAAGUUUCAGUCACAUUAGGCGUUUCGAAAAAUAAUUUGCAUGCGUGGACUGACUCUUCGGUAGUUUUAGCAUGGCUGAGAAGCCACCCCAGCCGUUGGAAAACCUUUGUGGGAAACCGCGUUUCUGAAAUACUUACCAUUAUGGAUGGCAAUCAAUGGUCACACGUUCAAUCGAAAGACAACCCUGCAGAUUGCGCUUCGCGAGGUGUUAGUCCGAUGGAGUUAUUGGAACUUGAGUCAUGGAUUGAGGGACCUAGUUGGCUCAAAAAUAAGGUAAUUGAAUAUAGCAAGGGUGAAGUUAUAAAUACACAUCUUGAAGAAAAGAAGGACAAAUUUUUGUGCAACGUAGUUAAGAUAGAAGAUGGAGAAAACGAACUUAUUAAAAGAUUUUCAUCGUUGAGUAAGCUAACGAGAGUCAUUGCAUAUUGCCGAAGGUUUUUAAAUUUGAAAUCUAAAACUAAAGUUUCUACUAAUUUAAGGUUUUCCGAAAUUCAGGAGGCUUUAAUGUCGUGCAUUCGUGUAUGUCAGAGUCAUUAUUUUGGGGAAAUUUUAGAUAAGCACACUGGUUCGGACAAGGUCACAAGAGUUGUGUCUUUGCGUUGCAAGGGUUCAAUCAUUAAACGCCCCACCUCAAAGCUGAUUGUGCUCCCAGUCACUACGUCCGCGUAGCAUUCAUGCAAUUUGUAUCGGAGUUAUAUUAUGUAUUUUGUUUUUUAUUAUUAUUGUGCUCCCAGUCACUAUGUACGCGUAAUUAUUCAUGUACUUUGUAUCGGAGUUACUUCUAUGUAUUUUGAUUUUUUUUAUUAUUGUUUACAGUCCACUUACUCUAUUCUAAGACAUGUAUGAUGUAUUGUGUCUUAAGACGUUACUGCCAUUUACUGUUUCAUGGUGGGCGGUAACGCAGUUAUCAACGUAUGUAGUUUUAAGUGAUGGACAUUCUGUCCAUGGUGGGCGGAAUGUUAAAUGCUCUGAUUAGGUAGAAGUUGUAACUAUUUGUCGCUAGAUGUCACUGUACCGAAAACGUGUGUUUUGCAUCGCGCUAUUGAAAUUGUUUUGUAAAAUCAUAUAUUUGUUUAGAAGAAUAAAUCUGUUGUU